UGACAGGGGGAUGGGAAAUAACUCACUCUCUCGGGAAGUAUGUAAUGUUGUCCCUCAGUUGCGCUCCAUCCUUCAUCCCUGCUCUCAGCUCUGCUCGUGCACGAUGAUCAUUCGGACUCUUUCAGUGUGCGCCUUCCUCUUCGUCGUCUGCUGUUACGCAGAGGUGGUGAGGAGUAAGAGUAAAGUUUGUGCGAAUGUGUUCUGUGGAGCCGGUAGAGAAUGUGCGGUCACAGAGAAAGGACAAGCCACCUGCUUGUGUGUCGAGCAAUGUAAACCACACAAGCGCCCAGUUUGUGGCAGCAAUGGAAAGACGUACCGUAACCACUGCGAGCUGCAUCGAGACGCAUGUCUGACCGGACUCAAAGUACAGGUCGCCCAUGAUGGACAUUGUGAAGAGAAAAAGGUGGAGAAGAUUGUCAACAGUCCAAUCGUUUGUUACCUUGCUGACCGUAAUGAGUUGAGGAGUCAUGUGAUUGAAUGGUUGCAGUCGGAGGUGGAGCCAGAUGGCUGGUUCUCCAAAGGAUCCAACUUCUCAGAUGUCAUGCUCAGAUACUUCCAGAACUAUGAUAAUGGCGACGCUCAGCUGGAUUCCUCAGAAUUCCUGAAGUUUAUUCAGCAAAAUGAGACGGCCAUCAAUAUCACUUCUCCCUAUGCUGAGGAAGAAAACAACCGCCUGCUUAGGAGUCUGUGUGUGGAUGCUCUUAUUGAGCUGUCUGAUGAAAACGCCGACUGGAAACUGAGCUUCGAAGAGUUCCUUAACUGUCUCAGACCUGGAUUCAACCCUCCCGAGAGACAUUGUGCUCUAGAAGACGAGACAUAUGAAGAUGGAGCUGAGACUCAGGUGGAUUGUAACCGCUGUGUCUGUGCCUGCGGGAACUGGGUCUGCACUGCUGUCACCUGUGAUGGUUUAAAUAAGUUACCUGCUCUGGAUGAAAUGGAUGGAGAUGACAAGGAUAUGACAGAAGAAGAAUGGACUCUAAGAGUGGCCGAACUCAAUAAAUUUCAGGGAACUGCGGAGGAGAUGAAAGUGACCACCAAAGAUGUUUAAGAGAAGACGGAGGGGAAAAGGACAAAAUGAGUCCAGAUCUUUAAUCUCAACUAGUUUCAUGAAAUGGGGUGGUUUAAAUGAAUAUUUUCCAUUUUCUUGUUGGUUUUGUUAAUUAAUGCAAUUUAGAUUUUAGGUUUUUUAUCUGUUUGUCAUAUUAUUUGAAGACACUGCAAUAUAACGUUACUGUAAACCAGUUGAAAAUAGUGUUGCUCUACAUUCCGUGUAAUGAUGAUAUUUUUGUAAGGCAAGAAGAACAUGUUUGCUUUACAAGUAAUUUAGUUGGAUAGAUGUUUGAACGCAGCUCAUGUUUGAAUGCAGAUCAUGUUUGAAUGCGUUAUUUAAAACCUAGAUAAGUUAAUGAUAAAUAUGAAACAAUGAACGCAAUUUGAGGAAUUAAUGUAAAUGAAUAAGGACAUUUUAUAGAUAAAGCCUCAUAUCAAAAUGUAUUAUUUUAAAUAAUUGUGGUUGCACGGGGUGUGAAAGUCAAAGACAAAAUCUAUUUUUUUGUCAUGAUUGAUUGGCAAUGUUUUUAUACACGUUUUAUCUUGCAUGAAAAGUAUUUUUUGGAUGGUUAUGGGUUUUUG